ACGCCCACGUCUGACGGCCUCGAGCUCGUUGGUCUUGUGACACCGGCUAUCGUUGUUGCUAGCAACAUGGACGUCUGAUAGGUGAUAUUAUAAUCAUUUAAACAAGCAGGACUCUAAUAUUGUCAACAUAUUCACGAAGACUUCUCAAGAAAGAUGCUGUCCCGUCUACUAAAGGAGCACCAGGCGAAGCAAAACGAAAGGAAGGAGCUUCAGGAAAGACGCAGACGUGAAGCGAUCUCUGCAGCCACCUGUCUGACAGAAGCCCUGGUAGAUCACCUAAAUGUUGGAGUCGCACAGGCGUAUGUGAACCAACGUAAGCUUGACCAUGAGGUGAAGACUCUCCAGGUCCAGGCGAGCCAGUUCUCCAAGCAAACUGCUCAGUGGAUCAGUAUGGUGGAGGGUUUUAAUCAAGCCUUAAAGGAAAUCGGAGACGUGGAAAACUGGGCCCGCAGCAUUGAGAUGGACAUGAGGACGAUUGCCACAGCUCUGGAGUAUGUACACAAGGGUCAGCUUCAGUCUGCUUGCUCAUAAACUUUAUGGGGUUUGUGGAACCUCUAGAGCUGAAAGUAAAUGAACUGGAAGGAAAGAGAUAUCUGCUCCAGUCGACCCUUCUUAGCUAACGCACUGUGCAACAAUGUCAGCAACUACUUUGCUCGCCGGCACUCCCUUACGUGUGUGCUAAUGCUGUUCAGAGAAGGCUUGUUAGGGUGUUGCACGGUUAAAUACAGAUGUGUGUCAUUGCUUAAGUUAUUGUGUUAGCAGCAAUCCUGACAUGGGUAAACACACAGCGAUGCUGAAGAUGCUCAACAAGUUACAUGAAUUUGGAUUUGUAAAGGUGUCGCGUGUAAAGGCUUUUGAUGAUAUUGGUUCAAGGGGCCUCAGACAAAUUACCUCUUGACCUGUGUCAAGUGUUGUCUCUCCUUAAAAGAAAGAUGUCCAUCGCAGCACCCAUUACCUGAAUUAUGUAUGUGUGUGUCAAUGCAUUAUAUGUCUAUGCACGAUUAAGAGUGUACUGUUUUGUUAGACAACAUUAUUUUUAAUAAAGUUUCAAAAAAAUA